GGAAGGCCAAGGUUGAACGCGAGGGUGGCGGGGCGCGGGACGAUGACGCGGGCGGGCUUAACGUACUGCGCGCUCCCGCACCAACCAUUCUGCACCUAGCAGUCGGUUCUGACGGUUGUUCAAGUGCCAGAAAAGCCGCAACAAUGGUCGACGCCGCAACCCUCGAGAAAUUGGAGGCUGGUUUCAGCAAGCUCCAGGGAUCCGACUCUAAGUCGCUGCUGAAGAAGUACCUUACCAGGGAAGUAUUCGACAGCCUGAAGAACAAGAAGACCUCAUUCGGAUCCACCCUCCUUGACUGCAUCCAAUCGGGUGUCGAGAACUUGGACUCCGGCGUCGGUAUCUACGCGCCGGACGCCGAGUCGUACUCUGUGUUCGCCGAGCUCUUUGACCCGAUCAUCGAGGACUAUCACAAUGGCUUCAAGAAGACCGACAAGCACCCGCCCAAGAACUGGGGAGACGUGGACACGCUCGGCAACCUCGACCCCGCCGGCGAGUUCGUGGUCUCCACCCGCGUGCGCUGCGGCCGCUCGCUCGAGGGGUACCCCUUCAACCCCUGCCUCACCGAGUCCCAGUACAAGGAGAUGGAGGACAAGGUCUCCGGCACCCUGUCCAGCCUCGAGGGCGAGCUCAAGGGCACGUUCUACCCCCUCACUGGCAUGUCGAAGGAGACCCAGCAGCAGCUCAUCGACGACCACUUCCUGUUCAAGGAGGGCGACCGCUUCCUGCAGGCCGCCAACGCCUGCCGCUUCUGGCCCACCGGCCGCGGCAUCUACCACAACGAGAACAAGACGUUCCUCGUGUGGUGCAACGAGGAGGACCACCUCCGCAUCAUCUCGAUGCAGAUGGGCGGUGACCUGCAGCAGGUGUACAAGAGGCUGGUGAGCGCCGUCAACGAGAUCGAGAAGAAGAUCCCGUUCUCGCACCACGACCGGCUCGGCUUCCUCACGUUCUGCCCGACCAACCUGGGCACCACGGUCCGCGCCUCCGUGCACAUCAAGCUGCCGAAGCUGGCGGCCGACAAGAAGAAGCUGGAGGAGGUGGCGUCCAAGUACCACCUGCAGGUCCGCGGCACGCGCGGCGAGCACACGGAGGCCGAGGGCGGCGUGUACGACAUCUCCAACAAGCGCCGCAUGGGGCUCACCGAGUACGACGCCGUCAAGGAGAUGUACGACGGCAUCGCCGAGCUCAUCAAGAUCGAGAAGUCUCUGUAGGCGCCGCCGCGAGCCGCCUGUGUAUUUAUUUAUCGUUCCGCGGAGGCCGGGCACUAGUCAGCGGGCCGCCCCUCCUCCACUACUCUUUAUUGUAAAACGUAUUUUCUAUAAGGAAAUGGAAAAUAAAGACAUCUAGCGUUAAGACUA